AUGAAAUUUCAUGGUGGAACAUGUGAAAAUAUCUAUGGUGAAUUACUUGACUAUGAAAUAAUACAACAUGAAAAUAAUUUAAGUACUGAAUGUCGAUUAGAACGACGAACUGUACAUAUACAAAAAUGGAUUCUAUCGACAAUUAUUUUUACUUAUUUAGCUGCUCUUAUUGGUAUUCAUAAAAAAGAUAGUAGUUUAUUAUUAUUCCUAUCAAUUAUUUUAUUAGCUGGUGUAUUAAUAAAAGCUUAUUUAAAAGUAAAACGUGAAUGUGUAAUUGUUGGCAAUCAAAUUGGGCUACAAUUAACAACAACGUAUGUUAUUGGACGACAAACCACAACAUUUAUAAGUUCAAAUCGAAUAAAAGAUAUAUUAAUAAAUGAAGGUUUUGUUUCUCAACGUUUAAUUUAUUAUUUGACAUUAAUGAUCAAUGAUAGUGAUAAAUCUAUGUUACCACUUUUUGUUAAACUUCUUCCACGUUUAUCUUUAUUAAAAAUAUUCUAUCGACAUUUGUAUUCUGCUAUACAUGAAUCAAAAUAA